AUGAACAAAACCCUCUCAACGGACGAUGUGCCGCCCCAAUUCCUCAAGGCCGCCUAUCUAGUCGGCCAUGUUCCACUAAAAGCAUUAGCGUCUGAUGCCCGCAUCUCCUACACGCUCUACAUCCCACCAACUCACUACAAAACCGGACCAGACGCCAAGAAGCUUCCCUUACUAGUCUGGAUACAUGGUACGCGUCGAAAACUAGAUGCAAUCGAUGGGGGAGACCUUAUGAGCUUCGCAGAGUCAACACCAUGCGCCAUUCUUGCACCUUUGUUUCCUGCCGGCCUGGACGGGCCUAAUGAUUUGGAUUCGUAUAAAUCCAUGCGUUCUAAGACGCUCCGAUCUGACCUUGCCCUCUUGUCCAUCCUGAAUGAGAUUGCGCCGAGGUGGCCAGGUCUUGAAACGGAUAGGUUUUUCAUGCUAGGCUUCUCUGGCGGUGGGCAGUUCGUGCACCGAUUUCUGUAUCUACAUCCUGAGCGUUUGUUGGGUAUUAGUGUGGGAGCACCUGGUCGAGCGACCAUGUUGGAUCUCACACUGAAGUGGCCAAACGGGAUUGCUGAUUUGGAGAGUUUAUUUGGUUUGGCAGUUGAUAGGAAACUGAUACGACGGGUCGAUAUUCAGCUGGCGGUUGGGUCAGCCGAUAAUGAGGUUCAUGGGGGCAAUGAGUUUUGGGAAUGGUUGCAAAAGCUCAAGGGGAAGGAUCUAAAGUUGUCUGAGGGCGGAAAUCUGGCUACCAUGAGUCAGGGGAGACUUCAAACUUUGCUGGAUUUACAAGCUGCUUGGAAAUCUGAUGGCAUCGAGAGUCAACUGGAUAUAGUAGAAGGUGCCGCCCAUGAAGCUGGAAAAGUCCGGCCGUGCCAGCUACAGUUCUUGUGGCCUUUGAUGCAGGCAUCUUAUCAAGGCACCACCAAGACUGGGUAG